AUGGAACCAAUUCUUACCGUCAUCGGUGCCACCGGAACCCAGGGUGGCUCGGUCGUUGCUGCUGCCCUGCGAGACCGGAAAUUCAAGGUCCGGGGUGUCACGCGUAAUCUCGACAGCGAGGCAUCCAGAGAUUUGAUCUCCAAGGGAGUUGAAAUGAUCCAGGCCGACGUCAAUGACAAGGACUCCCUCGUGGCUGCGUUCAGGGGAUCGGACGCUAUCUUUGCGAUGACCAAUUUUUGGGCCGAAUUGGAUGCCAAAGGUGCGAAGGAGGCAAGUAACAUUGAGGCCGAACAGGGAAUCAACCUCGCUCGCGCAGCUACCGUAACUCGCUCUCUCAAGCAUUACGUCUGGAGUACGGUACCCGACUACAGGGGACGUAUCGGCGCCGGACACAUCAUGGCUCAUUUCGAUGGGAAGAUCGCAACCGACAGAUUCAUCAAGCAGCACAAGGACCUGCUGGAGAAGACGACCUUCUUGUGGGUUACAUACUACGCGACGAACAUCCUCAUGGAUAUGAUCAGACCCAGUUAUCACGAAGCCGCUGGGAAGUAUCUCCAACUCCUCCCCGUUUUUCCCAGCACAGAGAUUGUCAGUAUAGGUGACCCUUCCAUCAAUAUUGGCAUCUACACGCUCGCUAUCUUGAAUCAGCCCGGACUCGCCAGCCACGGCAACAUUGUCCGAGCCGAAGCUGAGACUCUCACGAUUCGUCAAACUCUCGAUUUGUGGUCUGAGGUGUUCGAAAAGCCUGUUUGGCUUCUUUGGACCAGUCCUGAUAGCUAUACUGAGCUCUGGGGGAAUUGGGGACGUGAAAUUGGCACAAUGCUGCAAUGGUGGAGCCUACUUGGGCGUUCGUGUUGGGCCGCUGACAAACCCGUUUUGACCGGAGAGGAUUUGAAGAUCACCGGACUGGUCGGCACGAAAGAGGUUUUUUGUCGAAUAAAGGAGUCCGCACCGCUCCGACUGCCCUUGCGCUUGAUUUCGCCAAUGCCCUAA